AUGGAUUCCGACGAGGUCAAUCAAAGCCACGAGCAUAUGGUCGAUGACUGGCUCCAUCAAUUAGGCAAGUAUAACACGUGGGGCAUUGAGAAGCUGGCUUCCAAGUAUCGCAAUGGCGAUAAAUGCACCUGUGUCAAGAUGAACAACGGAUCCUUCAACUGGUGCUUCAAGGUGGAAUUCGACGACGGCACAAAAUGGGCGGUACGGUUUCCCGUUGCUGGCAACGUUAUGUUCCCAGAGGAAAAGGUUCAGCGCGAAGUUGCAGUGAUGAAGUUCUUGAAACAGAAUACUUUUGUUCCAGUCCCAGGAGUCAUAGCUUAUGGUAUGGCUGCUGAUAAUCACGAUCCCGGAAUGGGCCUUUUCAUUAUCGAAGAAUGGAUUGAUGGGGUACCACUCAGCACUCUCAUGGAAGAGCACCCUCGUCCUUCGUGGGGUCCUAUUCUACGUAAGGAUAUCAGCGACGAUACGCUCUAUAAAAUUUAUCGCCAGAUAGCAAAAAUUCUCUUAGAAUUAUCCAUGCACAACUUUGACAAAAUAGGCGCUCCAUCGUUGGUCGAGAAUGAGGAUGGUUCAAAUUUCUGGCAAGUCACAGCCGCACCCAUGACUCAAAAGAUGAAUGAGAUCCAGAGAAGCGGAUAUGUGCAAGUAGACGAUCAUUUGUCGAAACCUUUUCAAUCGGUUACGAAAUAUGCGGGUAGUCUUGUCCAGCAGAAUAUCACUCAUCUACGCGAACAAAGAAAUUCAAUAGAUGAUGCGGACGAUGCGCGUCGUAAAUACUUACUACGCAACCGAGUCAAAAGUCUGGCGCCUCACUUCGUGGCAGAGAAAUAUGACUCUGGUCCCUUCAAAUUGAUUUGUGAUGACUUCCGUCCCGGAAACAUACUUGUUAACGAGGAGACCCUAGAAAUCGUUUCUGUGAUUGACUGGGAAUGGGCUUAUGCAGGGCCAUAUCAGUUUCUCUAUUCUCCGCCGUCCUGGCUUAUUUUAGAGAACCCAACUUCCUAG